ACUUCACUUCACUGCGACGUCGCGGUCCUGAGCACAUCCUCCUUCCCUGCACGCGCCUUAAUACGUGUUUGUUGUUGUGUGUGUUUGUGUGUGUGAGAACGUUUCCCCCCCUGCACGCGCCGCCACAGUACGGUGCGAGCCUCGUGUCUGGUGCCUGCCUGCCCUUAGCCGUUUGUCCUGUGUCUCCUCCACUCCAGAGCGUCGGGGAGUGCUGCGGGGUCUGUAGCAGCGUCCAGCACCACCACUGUGGCUGAGGAAACUCCAGCAGCACCACCAUCACCACAAGUAACAGCACCACCACCAGUAACAGCACCACCAUCACCACCAUCAGUAGAACAACAGAAAAUUAAGAAAACUGUAUCGGAAAGAGCGGUUACAGCAGCAGUAAGGUCACAGACAACAGCUACACUAGCAACACUGCUAAGUCACGUAACAACAACAGCAACAUAGCCCAACGUCGUCUCACAAUCCUAGCUUUGAGUCGCCCUCUGUCGUGAGGAUGUCGUCGGGCAGCCGUCGUGCGUCGCGGUUCCUACAGGAGAAGGAGGAGGAGGCGCCGCAGUGGAUCCCCGGCCUGGGCAACGACAAGCCCAAGCCCAGGACCCUGGGCACCUCCUUCUUCGGCUACGUCCCCGACGCCUUCGCUGAGAAAACCCCGUUCCUUCCCUCUGAGAAGUCCGCCAAGAAGGCUGGUGAGGACGGUGUUGACCGCCAGGUGGAGACAGCCUCGCCUCAGAGUGAGCCCAGCGAGCACCCAGACCUCCUCCACACCAACGGCCAGCGAGAGAUGGACGCCAGCAGCGACGAGGGUGUGGUGACGGAGGAGGUGGUGGUGCCGCGACGCGUGGGCCGGAGGGACGCAGAGCCCUGGGACACACUCUCCCUCGACGCCACCGACGAGAGUGCCCAGAACCGUCUGCUGAUCAAGGGUGGUAGAGUAGUCAAUGAUGACAUGAUGCAGGAUGCCGACGUUUAUAUAGAGGACGGCAUCAUUAAACAAGUUGGCCUCAAUCUACAUACGCCUGGUGGGACACGGGUAGUGGAAGCCAAGGGUCACCUGGUCAUACCAGGUGGCAUUGACACUCACACUCAUAUGCAGCUGCCUUUCAUGGGAACAUUUGCUGUGGAUGACUUCUAUACAGGCACCAGAGCUGCCCUUGCAGGAGGAACCACCAUGAUUAUGGAUUUUGCCCUGCCUCAGCGUGGAGAGUCACUGGUAGAGUCUUAUCAUCGUUGGCGUACAUGGGCCGACUCAAAGGUGUGCUGUGACUAUGCACUUCAUGUCGGAGUCACAUGGUGGUCAGACAAGGUGGCUGAAGAGAUGCAAGAGUUGACUGAAGAACAUGGAAUUAACUCCUUCAAAAUGUUUAUGGCCUAUAAAGACACAUGGCAGCUAGGGGAUGGAGACCUCCUGAAGGCAUUUAAAAGCUGCAAGGAACUUGGUGCGCUGGCUCAGGUGCACGCUGAAAAUGGGGACAUCAUAAAAGAGAACUGUAGGAAACUUCUAUCCAUGGGCAUCACUGGACCGGAAGGACACGAGAUGAGCCGCCCAGAAGAAGUUGAGGCAGAGGCAACCAACAGAGCGUGUGUUUUGGCCAAUCAGGUUGUGUGUCCUCUUUAUAUUUGCAAUGUAAUGAGCAAAUCAGCAGCUGCAGCAGUGGGAGAAAAUCUUCGAAGAGGCACAUUGGUAUGGGGCGAGACUAUUCUUGCUGCCUUGGGAACUGAUGGUUCCCACUACUACAACCCUUGCUGGCAACAUGCAGCGGGUCAUGUUAUGUCUCCCCCUCUGCGUAAUGAUCCCUCGACUCCCAACGUACUCAUGGAGCUUUUGAAUGCUGGUGAUCUUCAGACCACAGGCACAGACAACUGUACCUUCUCGGCUUCCCAGAAAGCACUUGGUAAGGAUGACUUCACAAAGAUCCCUAAUGGUGUCAAUGGUGUUGAAGACCGAAUGUCAGUGAUUUGGGAAAAGGGUGUGGUAUCUGGGAAAAUGGACCCUUGCAGAUUUGUAGCAGUCACCUCAACAAAUGCUGCCAAGAUUUUCAAUAUUUAUCCCAAAAAGGGUCGCAUUGCAGUAGGCUCUGAUGCUGAUAUUGUAGUGUGGAACCCUCAUGCUACAAGAAUUAUUUCGGCAAAGACCCAUCACCAAGCUGUGGACUUCAACAUUUUUGAGGGAAUGGAAGUUCAUGGUAUUGCUGAUUACGUUAUAUGUCAUGGCCGUGUUGUAGUUGAAGAAGGAGAAGUUCGUGCAGUGUCUGGCAUGGGCAAGUUUGUUCCAACCCCAUCUCACUGUCCCCACGUUUAUGGCAGAGUACAGGAAAGAGAGAGAGCAAAUGCUCCAAGCAAGGUUGAACGUGCACCAUAUGAUGGCCCUAUUGCGCAGCUAAAUGGAGAUGGGCGCAUGUCAAUUCAGGAGGGUGGUAUCAUGGCAGUCAAUCAGGAGACUUUCUAUACUCGAGGUCCGACCAGAAGUGGGGGAGUCAACCUCCAUGAUUCAAGCUUCCACGUGUCGGGUGCACAAGUUAAUGACAAGUCUCCCAAGCGACCAUCAGUGAAGGUAAACAACCCGCCCGGUGGCAAGACUUCUGGCAGUUUCUGGUAAUCACACAGGCGGUGGUGGAGGAAGCUAGUGGCAUUUGUGCUUUGAUUACUGCAAAAUAAUUUCUUCAGAUUUUUCAGUGCUGUAUUUAAGUUGUACUGCAUAUUCAAAUUACCGGAAAAAUGUUGUAUAGAAGGAUUUGCAUAAAUUGACAUUACAUUUGUAUGUAUCCAAAUGUAUCAUAGAGUAAUUUAAAAUCGGUGACAUUAAUAUUUUUAAGAUGUUUAUUAUUGAAAGUUUACCUGUUGUAGCUGUGAAGUAUUAACUAAUAAAGAUAAAUUACUUUAUUAUAAAAUGCAAGCGAGUAAAAUUUGUUUUUAAUGUGCAUUUUAAAUGACGUGGUAUGGUUUUAUAAGAAUUUACUCAAAAUAUCAAAGAUACAAGGCAGCCUCAGGAAUCAGCUGCAAGAUGAGAAUAUGUAGUUCAAGGUAACUAGAUGUUAUGAACUUGUAUUAUCUUGCCUGUAUUAGAAUAUUGUCACUGCCCGUUUGUUUUAUUUAAUAUAUAUAUAAUACUGGUAUAUAUUAUAUAUAAAAUCCAUCACAAAUCUUGUAAAGAAGUCAGAAUAUGGGCAGUUGAUAUUUGUUGCCUUACUAGAAGAAACUAAUAUGGAGCAUGUUUUCUAAGACAGAAAUGCGUAUCUUGCCUACUAAGGAAACUUUUCAACCAUCUUCAUUUGUAGUUUUCAUAUCAUAACUUGGCAAAAACAUCUGAGUAUUAAAUCUUCCCAGAUUGUAACUACCUGCAAUAUAAUUAUCUUGACAUGUGAAGUUCAUCAUUAAUUUCUGAAUUUAGCACCUAGUACUUUUCAAGAUUAAAUAAUUUAUUAUUGACAAAUUAUUUAUACACAAGUCUGACAUUGGAUUCAUUAUCAUUGCACUGUAUUUUGUAAGGUAUCUAGUUGAUCAAAGUUUCAUUGCACAAAUAUGUCUCUUGAUUUGUCACAACUUACUUAUUUCAAGCUGUCAAUUUUAUUCAUAAAUAUUUAUACAAUUAUGUCUGUAUGGCCAUCCAGUGGCAUCUAUGGCAUUGGACAAUAAAUUCAUCAACAUA